UCGCCUCGAUGCGCACAGAGGAUGGACUUUACUUCACGGACACUCUAAUGGACUCAUCGCUCGACCUAACAGCGGAUUUUAGUUGUUAACUUCGGCUCAUUUAUCGACAGGUUUUUCCAGAAGACUUUCAGCUGAGACCGGAGCUUUUGCGCGCCGCAGCUCGUGGAUGAUCCAAAAUGACUUUUACUAAAUGGCCACAGGUCGGAGCUUAGCGCUGAUCCAUCGAAGAGCACCACGAGUGGAUGAAAACAAGCAGCCUUUAAUCUGGAAAGGAUUCCUCUUCUCUGUGCUAAGAGUCUGCUAACCGUGUGUAAGGACCACUGGGAGUACAAGAAUCAAGUCAAGGACACGUUCACCCCCCUCAGCCUGCAGGAAGAUGGGAGUGAGAAAAUAAAGCUCUGUGGAGUCAAGAGGAGCUUAAUGAAUUCCGAGGAAUCUUAAAAUAAACAGCUUGCAUUUGUGUCAGUCUGUGGUAGAGAAUCAGGCAACCAUGUGGACACUAGCUGCGACUGUCCACUGUCUCCUGGCCGCUGCGCUGCUAUUGGCUAGCUGCCUCCAAUCAGCGAUGGCCACAGAGGAUGACGUCACGCCGCGCAUCAGCUUCUCCUACAAUGCAAAGGAGAGAUCGGCCAAGAGAUUCUCAGCGGACGGCGUCUUCAAUUACACCUCUCUGCUGCUCAGCCAGGAGGACGACAUGCUGUACGUUGGAGCCAGAGAGGCACUGUUUGCCCUCAGCCUCUCCGACAUCAGCAAGAGCAAACUGCAGAAGAACCUGACGUGGGGCACUCCUGCUGGAAAAAGAGAGGAGUGCAGUUUCAAAGGGAAGAACCUGGAGACUGAUUGCUUCAAUUACAUCAAAAUUCUUCUGCGACUGAACAGCACUCAUCUCUAUGUGUGUGGCACCUAUGCCUUCAGUCCUGUCUGCGCCUACAUAAACACGUCAACAUUCACACUGGAGAGAGAUGACGUGGGCGAGGUCAUGAUGGAAGAUGGGCGCAGUCGCUGCCCUUUUAAUCCAGAGUACAAAUCCACCGCCAUCAUCGUUGAUGGAGAAUUGUACACUGGCACUGUCAGCAAUUUCCAGGGGAAUGAACCAGUCAUUUACAAGAGUCUGGGUCAGGGAACUGCUCUGAAGACAGAAAACUCCUUAAAAUGGCUGCAAGAUCCCGUCUUUGUCGGGUCGGCUUACAUAGAGGAGAGUCAGCCAAUAGGCAACCCUGUGGGUGACGAUGACAAGAUUUACUUCUUCUUCAGCGAGGCGGGAAAAGAGUUCGACUUCUUUGACAACACCAUCGUGUCGAGGAUCGCUCGCGUGUGUAAGGGUGAUAAGGGAGGGGAGCGAGUGCUGCAGAAGAAAUGGACCACCUUCCUGAAGGCUCAGCUCCUGUGUUCGCUCCCUGAUGACGGCUUCCCAUUCAACAUCAUCCAGGACAUGUUUGUCCUGAAGCCCAUGGGAGACAGCUGGGAGAGCACCGUGUUCUACGGCGUCUUCACUUCGCAGUGGUAUAAAGGUGCAUCAGGCAGCUCGGCGGUCUGCGCCUUCACCAUGGCCCAGGUGGAAAGAGCCUUCAGCGGGCGCUACCGAGAGGUAAACAGGGAGACCCAGCAGUGGUACACCUACAACCACCCUGUACCAGAACCACGGCCCGGGGCGUGCGUGACCAACCACGCCAGGCAAAUGGGUAUCCAGUCGUCCUUGCACAUGCCUGAUAAAGUGCUCAACUUUGUCAAGGACCAUUUCCUGAUGGACAGCGUGAUCCGCAGCGCUCCCCUGCUGCUCAAACGCAGCGUGCGCUACACACAGAUCGCUGUGCACAAGAUCCAGGGCAUGGAGAGGGCUUAUGAUGUGCUCUUCAUUGGAACAGAUGAUGGAAAGCUCCAUAAGGCCAUCAACGCUAAUGAUAAGAUGCACAUCAUAGAGGAGAUGGUUCUGUUUCCGGAGCCUCAGCCUGUGCAGCACAUCGAACUCGAUCCUCAAAGGGGUCUGUUGUUUGUGUCUUCGUACUCGGGCCUGGUGGAGGUUCCUGUGGCCAACUGCUCUAACUACCUGAGCUGUGGUGAGUGUGUGCUGUCCAGAGACCCCUACUGCGCCUGGACCGGGCGGCUUUGUCGGGACGUCAGGAUGGCUCCACCUGACAGCCACUGGCAGCAGGACGUGGAGGAGGCUGACACAUCAGCGAUUUGUAACAGGACCUUUCCCAGUUCCAGAUCUGCAAGACCAGCAGCUUCUCGUGGUUCCCAUUGUCAGCUCAUCACCAUCCCAGCCAACACGUUUCGAGUCCUGCCCUGUAAGCUGCGGUCCAACCUGGCGCAGAGGAGGUGGCGUUACAGUGACAGCGCCAGCCAGUUCCUCUACGCUACACCGGAGGGAAACCUGGUGGUGGUGGCUCAGUCCGACAAGAUAGAGACCUACGAGUGCUGGUCAGAAGAGGAGGGUUUCCGCCAGCUGUUGGCCAACUACUGCGUGAGGGCGGAGCCCCGCCAUGAAAGCACCACUCUGAUUGGUCACUCGCGCACACCCCACAUUGCUCGAGAGGAGACCAUCAUCCUGCCCGGCGAGUCUCGCUCUGAGCAGGUCCACACGAAGACGUACUGGAACGAGCUGAUUGUGGUGUGCGCUCUGCUGGCUUUCUCCCUCGUGGUGUUCUCCUUGUUUGUCAUCUACAGGAACCGCGAUCACAUGAAGUCCAUGCUGAAGCAGGGCGAGUGCCCGAACAUGCAGCAGAAGAAGCCGAGGAUAGUGGGAAAGCCCACCGAGAGCUUACCCCUCAACGGCAACACCAUCCCCGUCUCUACUUCGGAUCACAAGGGCUACCAGACGUUAAAUGACAACUACAUCUGCAGCACGCCCACACACGAGUCCUCACCAGACAACAGCAAGAGCUUCUCCGAAGCCUCGGACAGGCGGCCGCUCAACCUGAAGGAGAGCCACGUGGAAUACUCCCCGACCUGCCCUCGGCCCAGAGUGCGGCUAGGCUCGGAGAUCAAAGACUCUAUCGUAUGAGAGCACAGCAUUCGCUAAACAAUGACACCCUGCAUCUCCAUGAGGGAUACAGGCCACCGAGCAGAGGAGAGGAGACCCUGACAUCCUCCUACAUCACAGCACAUCUUUUAUUUUGGUCAUCUUAGUUCUGUGAUCAGUGCGGAGGUCAUUACGUUUAACCAUUUCCACUCCGAAGCCAGAGGUUGGUCCGGUUUGCUGCAGAAGGCAGGAAGAAGGAAGCAGCGCCAACACUCCGCCGGUUUCAACCAGGAUCACGGACCAUGGCAGCUGCUAGGAAUAAUUUUAACACAGUCUUUUUUUUUUUGAGUCGUUCUCGUGGCCACUAACACCAUAUGUGUGUAAGCAUAAGGCUGGGUAACAUGGAAGAAGGAAAAAAAUAAAACAAUAAACAAAAGACCUUCUUCCAGUAUCAAUGUUUAGCACAGUAUCUCUUUAGGUAUGCAACAAUAAAUUGUCUCGUCUAGAUAUCCAUCACAUGAUACGAUUACAACAACAGACAAUUCUAAAUAUUGAUAUUUUACCCAGCCCAGUCUGAGUAAUCUUGCACAUUCUCUGCAGAAGGUGGCUGCCACACUUCUGUUAUUAUGCACACUAGAACCAAGCUACAGCUUCAUGGUGACCAAGAGUUCAGGUUUAGGAGAAUUUAAUACAUGUAAUGCACAUUCAUUAUGAUCCACACAUUAUGGAAGCGAGUCAGAUGCACAUUUUGUUCCCUUUUUCUGACUGUAUGAGGAUUACAAAAAAGGACCAGGAGAAUACGCCACACCAGAGCGCUCUUAACACUGUUGGAGCCACAAUGACAAGGACUGCAAAAGUCGAAAUGCGAUCACGAGUUCCGCUCCAAGGCAGAAAUACUGACGUUUACCUCCUGAAUGUAUGUUGUUCAAAGAAGGUCCGUUUCAGUCACACAACAUUGCACCAUGGAACGAUUUAGGGAGACAUUUCUGCUCAUCUGAGACCGCCCCGUUCUUCAGUAUUGAUCUGCAGAUACCAUGAUGGGUUAAUAAACGGACUCAAACACAGACGCCCAGUUUCUUGAGGCGAAGAUGGAGAACAGACCUGACAUUACAAACACAGAGAGGCAAAUAAAAAAAUAAAAAAUGGGGACAUUAACACCUCUAACCAUGUUCAGGGCAGCACCGAAAUCAUCAUGUGCACUGUGCCAAAAAAAACAAAACAAAACAAAUAUAACUUGAUUGUCUUAUCUAAAUGCAAUAGUGCCAUUCCUGUUCUGACCAUCUCAUGCUUUGUGUUAGCAUUGAUCACUGUCGAAGAGCACAUGGUGAUGGACCCAGAGUUGGGUUUCACUAAAAGUUUUGUGGCACUAAUAAUGAAUAAAUGUGAAGUGCAAGGUUGGGAGUUUCUUCUAAGACUGUUAGCUCAUAGCAGACUGUGUUGGGCAGAAUAAUUGACCUUCAUGUAACAUUUGAACUGGGGCCAAAGGACGUGGCAUGGAGAUCGCUUGCCAUGUGGGUGAGAAAAUAUUAUCCUUCUUGUCCUCUUACUGAGGUACAACCACUUGGAGAUAAUUGAGCUUGACUGGCGCUAACAAUAAAAACUUUUCGGUUAGUUUACGUGCUAAUAAACCCACUCAAGAUGUAAAAGUCACAGAAUAACUAAUGUCGCUGUAGAGGAGAGAUAAUAUUUAGCGGUUUUCUUGUCCAGACAUGCAGCUGCACGACGUAGUGAGGUAGAUGCACAGAGCUUUGUACUGGCUCAAUAUAACCACCCCCGCCAGCUCACACGUCUCGCGUACACGGCAUUCACCGUUCAGUCAGAGGUCAAGGUGACGUUAAUGUGAAAGCACAAGCAAUCAGGGUGUCGAACACUUACAGGUUUGCACAUUUCAGUAAAAUUGGAGCAUGUUCUAAGAAAAGCAACUACUGAGACAGAAAGCGUGGCUGCUAAGGAAAGCGACUCUUAGAAAUCCGUUCUUACAGGGACCAGUGCACCCGUUGCGAACACUCUUGCACCCACAUUGCUUAGACUUUUGAGACUUAACGAGCAGAAUUUUCCAAAGAUGCAGGACGCUGAUAAGUGUUGUGUAAAUCGGAACAAGAAACAUUUACGCGGCCAUAGGGACAACAUGGCACCACAUGUCUUAGAAUACGUCACCAGUUCACUGUAUUGAUCAAGUAAGCCUACAGUAUAUAUUCCAGUAUCAUACAGAUCAACAUUUUUGCUAUUUCGAACACUGAGCAUACGACGAAAUGCUAUGUAACUGCUACAAGUUGACAAAGUAACUGCACAGCAUACUGCGCAACAGUGGUCAGUGUUUUCUUUUUUUUUUUUUUCUUACGUUUUUGUUAUGUAUAUACAGUACCUGUGCUUAAUAUUGUGUGUUUUUAAGGGACCUUGUGCAAGAUGUGUUGUAGAGGUAGUCUUGAAACUAGAGAGUGAACACUGCUGAUAUAUUUUUUUCUUUCAUACUGCUUUACUGCCUACUUCAGCAUACAUUUCACCGCGCUGUUAGUUCAGCACCUGGGCUGGGUUGUUUUUUUUAUCAAGCAUGUCAAAGCAGGAGAGGUAUCUGUUUUUAUUCUCAUGUCUAAAUUGUAGGUUUGAUAUUAUGAGAAAUAAGGUAAUUUCUCUUAUUGCAAAGAGUUUGGUACCAUUUCCAUUCCUGAUUGAAAUGUGAUGCUACAGCUUACAGCUGAAGGGUGUAUUACGAAUAAGAUCAUUGGGUUAGCGAGGCGUGUUGAGCUUAAAGUCAAGAGUUUUCAGUGCAAAGGUGGAUCUCUUCUAGCCUCACCAAAAACUAAAGCGAUUUCUGCAUUAUGGGACAGUGUGAGCACUUGUAAAGUUUAAAGUGUAAGAGCUCCGAUGUGCAGUUGUCAUGGUAGAAAUAAAGGAAUGCAUUGGGAGUGGUCAAAUCAAUAUAUUAACUUCACAUGGUAACAGUGCAUUUUACUGUAGUAACUGUUUAUAUGCUUCAUAGUUCUUCAGUAUAACAACUUGUUCCUCUUGACUGAUGCCGUUGGUCCAUUUUGUUUGGAAGAAAAAUCAAAUGAGGCGACUUCUCAGAGCCUGGUGAUGAAAACAUGGUUAACAAAGAACAAACAAAGCUUGUUGCCACCAUUGUGACAGUCAUUGUCUCUGGUUGGGUUUUGUUGAUCCUGCUUUCACAAAGAAAGUAAGGAAGUCUGACUAUGUCAAAUGUGCUUCAUAAUACACCCCUCUGCUUAGCUUAUCUUAGCAUCAAGAGUGGAAACUGGGAAUACAGCCAGUCUGGUUUUGUCCAAAGGUAACCUGCAUCUGUUGGCUCAUUGGGAUUGUUAGUCAACCAGUAAACUCCAGAAAGUCAGUGCUCUCAGCCAAGAAAUAGUCCAGCACAUAACUCCUCUGAAUCUUUGUUUUUUGUACAUGGAAAUGUUGUUGAGCUUCACAGGUGCUGCUAUAAAGAUUUUGUCACCUUUGGACAGGAGCAGAUUCGCUGCCUCCUCCUGUUUUCUGUGUUGGUGUGAAGCGAGGCUGACAGACUUCUAGCCGUCGUGCACACAAACGAGAGUGAUAUCGAUCUUCUCAUCUAACUCUCGGCAAGAAAGCAAACAAUAUUUGCCAAAUUGUUCAACUAUUGCAAGCUGAGACCGAACAAAUAAACCGAGAGUAUUAGAUUUGCCAACAAAUGGAUAACCAAAAUAAAUCAGAUUCUUAAAUGCUUAGUGCAGAGUGUUGCUUUUCACCUCUGCUGAGUCAGAUUCUCUAAACCAUAUAAUGUCUCAGUAACCUGCUUUGAGUUGCUUGGUAGAUAACCUUGUGACAUAAAAAAAAAAAAAUGCCUUUUUAGAUAUCAAGUUGUUCUGCCUUUAGCCAUGUGCCACAUACUACACUACCCAGCAGUGACCUCGCCAACGGAAACGUGGUGAAAGGCGUGAUUGUAGCCCUCAGUGGGCACACUUAACUCCACAACACAACACGGGUCAAUAGUAGAUUUACAGCUUCAACCAAGCCACCAUUAACUUUACCUGCAAACUGAACUGGGAGCUACUCAAAAUCUUGUACCAUUCUGCAGCUUUUGCUUCUAUUAAGAGAUACUGUGCAGCCUUCCUAAGAGGUCAGUAUUUAGUAAUGCUGUUAUUAAGCUCAUAUAGAAAGCUAAAAUACAAUUUGACAAGUACAGAUAA